UUCGAAGGCAGACACCGUGUCAUCAUGAUAUAAAAGCCCAAGCAGCUACUCUACCAUCAACAGUCGUUAAUUCACCUUCACAAAGAUGAAACUACAAGGUCUCGCGGUACUGCUACUGGCAGGUCUGGUUUUGGCAGAGAAGAAGGAAGAAUCUAAAACCGUCGAAGCUUCAGACAAGAAACAGAACAAAAGAGGUCUCUUCGACUUGGGUUACGGUGGUGGACAUGGAUUUGAUCUUGGUGGAAGUCAUGGUAUUGAAUUAGGAGGUCAUGGCUUGGACUUCGGCAGCAGCUAUGGAGGUGGUUAUGGAGGUGGCUAUGGAGGCGGCUAUGGAGAAUCCAAACAUAUUACCAUCACCAAGGAAAUACCAUACCCUGUUCCUCAUCCAGUACCUUACCCAGUGGAGAAAAAAGUACAUGUACCAUACCCCGUCAAAGUCCAUGUUCCAGUAGAUCGUCCAUACCCAGUACAUGUCCCAAAACCAUACCCAGUCCCAGUUGAGAAACCAGUCCCAUACCCAGUAGAGAAACCAGUACCUUACCCAGUUAAAGUACCAGUCAAGGUCCCAGUCAACGUACCAUACCCUGUAGCUGUGCCAAAGCCAUACCCAGUACCAGUACACAAACCAUACCCAGUGCCCGUUAAAGUUCCUUACAUCGUCGAGAAGAAAGUACCAGUCCUGAUCCAUGGUCAUGGAGGGUACGAUAGUAUCGACUCAGGUAGUUACGGACAUGGUGGUUUCGACUUUGGUAGUUAUCAUCAUCACGAUAAUUAUCAUAAACAUUCAGAAAAAUGCCAGAGAGGAAGGGAUCAGAGUAAAGCUUCUGGUAUAUUUUCUCCUGGUAUAAAAGACUCAGGAUGGCAAUUCAACAUCCACAGUCGCUAUCACCAGUUCUCAGUUAUGAAGCUACAAAUAUUAACAGUACUGCUAUUGGCGGGUUUGGUUUGGUCAGAGAAAAGCGAAGAUGAGAAAUCCAUAAAAUCGACUGAAAAGAAGCAUAGCAAAAGAGGGCUUAUCGAUUUAGGUGAAAGUUAUGGCCAUGAGUACGGUGGAGGAUAUGGACAUGGGUUCGAUUUUGGUGAUCACGGUUUGGACUUCGUUGAUUAUGAUCACAAAUUAGGGGGCCACAGUUUGGACUAUGGAAAUAGUUAUGGGGGUGGAUAUGAUCAUUACGGUGGUAGUUAUGGGGGUGGAUAUGAUCACCACGAGCAUGUGACAACCAUCACCAAAAAAGUACCUUAUCCAGUACCCCAUCCUGUGCCUUACACAGUCGUAAAGAAAAUUCCUGUACCAUACACAGUAAAAAUACCUUACCCAGUACAUCGUCCCUACCCAGUGCAUGUACCAAAACCAUAUCCAGUCACGGUGCAUAAGCCAGUACCUUACCCAGUAGAAAAACCAGUACCAUAUCCAGUUAAAGUACCAAUCAAGUAUCCAGUCAAAGUACCUUACCCAGUGUCUGUACCAAAGCCAUAUCCCGUUUCAGUACCUAAGCCAUACCCAGUACAUGUGAAAGUUCCAAUUGUAGUCGAGAAAAAAGUACCAGUCUAUGUUCAUGGACAUGGACAUGGAGGGUAUGAAGAAGGAGGCUACGGACAUGAUUACAGCUACAGUAGUUAUCAUCACUAAAAAACGACUGUUAAAAUUCGAAUCAAUUCUUGUUACAUGUUUUGUUAUGUUUUUCACAUGAAUGUGUUUUGUUUGUAAUAUAUAAUUUUAGUUAA